AUGCCACCCACACGCGCCAUACACGACUUAAUCACACAUGUCCCUCUCGCCUCCCUCCUCCAGACCCUCUCUUUUCCUCUCCUCCCUUGGCUCUUCCCUUCCCUACCGCUGCUCCCCCUUCCCUACUGCUGCUCCCCCUUCCCUACCGCUGCUCCCCCUUCCCUACGCGCUGCUCCCCCUUCCCUACGCGUCACACACGACUUGCCCACACAUGUUCCCAUCUCCCCUCUCCUCCCUUCCCUUUUCUUUCCUCUCUUCCCUUCCCUCUCUGUCCACCUCCUUCCCUUCCCUGUCUUCGCCUCGCCUCCCCUCCCACUCAUCCCCUCUCCUUCCUUCACUCUGUCCACUGCCCGAGGACCAGGGAGGGGGACUGAGGAGACCUUUCUUCCCUCCCGCCUCACUCACUCCCCUUGCUCACUCAAUUCCAUUGCUUGCUAUUGCACAUCACCUUCACGCACACCUUUGUCACAAAGACACUCACUCACUCACUUCCUUCUGUUACCAACAUCACUCCUGUUACCAUGCCUGUCACUUGCUUCCCUCACCGCUUCUCUCCUCCCUUCCCUCUCUCACCCCCCCUCCAUCCUCCAGUCCCUCCCGUCCUUCCCGUCGUGCACGUCCCUCCUGUCCCUCUUGUCCCUCCCGUCCCUCCCAUUCCCCCCGUCCCUCCCGUCGCCCAACACCUUCCGUCCCACCCCUCGCUUCAGUUCCGCAUUCGCUCCUGUCGUUCUCUUCCCUCCCGUCCCUCCUUUCCCUCUCCGGUUCUCGUCAUCCGUCCCUCAUUCGCAUCGCUCACUCGAUCCGUCGCGCACUCCCCCUUUCGCUCGAACAAACGCACCAUUCACGCAGGGCAACCGCCUUGCAUUGGGCCUGUCGCUCACACACUUACAUGUGACAUUCACUCCCGUUCCGCACACUCACUCCCCUCCUCUCCUCUCCCUUUCCCCGUGUCCUUCCCUCCGUUUCCCCCCUUGUUCCUCUCUCUCUUUCCCUGCACAUAUUACUUACACCUUCCCUCCUCCCACUUCCCCUCCUCCCACCUUCCUUUGCUCCUACCCUCCCUUCCCUCUGUUCCGCGCACCUCUCUUCCGCCAUCUCUCCGCCCUUCUCUCACUGAACCCUCUCCUCCUUUUUCUCCCCCACUCUUUGCUUUCUUCUCAUUUCAUCUCUCUUCGCUUCACUGUCCUCUACUCCCUUCCCUUCACGUCUCUUUCAUGUCCUCUACCAUUUCCUUCUCGCUGCCCGUAUCCGCUCGCUUGUUCUGACUCCAUGGGGAUGCUGGACACUCCGUGUACGACCAUCCGCACUGCUGCUCUUGCGGACGCCAAGACAGUGGUGGUGGGGUGGAAGAACCAGGGCUGGAAGCCGAGUGUGAAGACAUGGUGGCCUCCCUUUGUCGCCAAGGGCGACAAGAUAGUGUUCAAGUGGAACGACUGGCGGCGCAAGCACAACGUGGUGUCGGUUUCAGAUUGGAACUACAACCUCUGCUUCUUUGGAAAAAGCGACUACAAGGUCUACGUGCUAACCAAGCCCUCGAACAAGGGCAGGCUCGUGGUGCUAGUGACCCUGGAUGUCAGCGAUAAGAAGUACUACAGAGGCUUCUUCACCAGCAGCGUCGGCAAUGACUGUCGUAAAGGCAUGAAGGUCGCAUUGCUGCGCCCAGCACUUCGAUGA